AUGGCAAGAAAUGCUCAAAUCUCUAGACAGCCCAAACGUAAAUUGGCAACAGCAAAAAAGUCGCCUAGACGUAGUAAUGUAUCAACUUCAAGUAGUGGUCCUUCUUCAACGAGAAGAUCCAGACCUGGCGACCCAGUGGCACCAGCAAAACCUAGGAGGUAUCGGCCUGGAACAGUGGCUUUGCGCGAAAUUCGACAGUAUCAAAAGUCUACCAAUCUCCUUUUGAGAAAAUUACCAUUUUCACGCGUGGUUAGAGAAAUUGCCAUAGAGAUUAUGGAACCAGAUGCGAAUGUAGGUUAUCGAUGGCAGUCAUCCGCAAUCUUGGCCCUUCAAGAAG